AUGGAGGCCCAAAGCCGAGUUAGUCAACUUGAAGAGAAUGGAUUCAACGAAGCUUCGCACCGCGGUCAGUCUCGACCUCCAGCGUCUGGCACAGCCUCGCCACAUCCAAUGGCCAGCCGAUCUCCCUCAGCGCAGCACAUGCUCGACGCUCUCCAGGACGAGUCUACCUCGCCGGGAACUCCGAAUCGCUUUGUGAAGACACCAGCUCCAGACGCGUCGACAUCUGGACGCCUCUUUCACCCCGAGGCUUCUCUUGUCCUGAUUGGAAUCAGGGCAUCUGGAAAGCGAUCCUUAGGUCUCAUUGCAGCCACUGCUCUCGGCCGGCGAUUCGUGACCGAGGACCAUUAUUUCCAGAGCAUCAAUGGCCUUUCGAGACAAGACUAUCUCAAAGUCCACGGCAGUGAGCAAUUCCAUCAGCAAGACAUUGAGACUUCCAAGCGAAUGCUAGAGGAUAAUAAGCACCGAUGCGUCAUCGAUUGCGGCCUCGGAAGCCUCACAAGUGGCCUCCAAGAUUAUUUGAGACGCUACAGCCAAACCAACCCUGUGGUGUUCGUGCUCAGGGAUAUGGACCAGAUCAAGGCAAUUCUCAACCUGGACGAUCGAGCUGCAAAACUCCUUGAGCAUGGUAACUCAACCCAUCGGAAGUGCUCGAAUUUUGAGUUUUACAACCUAGAAGAUGAAUCUAUGAACGGCUCUGCAGACCCCGACACGGCAGACCGCGCGUCGCCAAACUACUCUUUCAAACUCAGAAAUGCUCAGGCCGAUUUUUCGUCUUUUGUUCGAUUUAUCGCCGGUUGUAGAUUGACUGAUCCGGCCCUGCUAUCUCCGUUCUCUUUGGAUGGCCCUGUCGAACUACGGACCUAUACUCACGCACUUCUUAUGACGCUGUCAGACUUCGUCGUUGGACGCGUGGACUUCGCAGCCCUGGAAUCUGCUGGCGAUGUCUUGGAGGUCUAUGUUGACCGGUGGCAGCCGAGUAUGACAAGGAUGCUGAGCAAGAUGGUGGCAGCCGCCAGAAGAGCGCUGGGAAUACCCAUUCUCAUAUCAGCCAGUCGCAGACUAUCUGAAUCCAUGACAAUAGAAACGUACAUAGCAGUUCUGUUGCAAGGACUUCGACUCGGAGUACAGUACAUCUCUGUUGAUCUCGACCUGGAUCCCAGCCAGAUUGAUCGUCUCAGAGCCAUCAAGGGCCACACCAAGCUGAUUGGCAACUAUACCAACUACGUCUCCAAGGAUAACGGCUGGAAAGGGACAACAUUGUGGAAGAUGUACCAGAGAGCCCUUGAUUUCAAGUUCGAUAUGGUUCGCCUGCUCAACGUUCCAACAUCUCGCCAGGACAAUGACGCGGCGAUGUGGUUCGCCGAACAAUUGAAAGAUCUUCCCGGGCCUCGACCUAUUGCAACAAUAUAUAAUGUCGGAUUUCUGGGGCGAACAUCACAAGUCGUGAACCCUGUGUUGACAACGGUUACUCACCCCAGCCUCCCCGUGGCCGAAGCAGGUCGUGAACAUGUCUUCCGGCCUUUGUUAUCCUCCAAGCAGAUCAUCAGUGCUCUUUUCGACAGUUACAUCUUCGAUCCUCUCCAAUUCUACGUCGUCGGAGCCAAUGUCUCUUUAUCUUUGUCGCCAGCAAUGCACAAUGCUGCAUAUAAGUUCCUCGGCUUAAAACACCACUACAGCACGAAAACCAUCACUAGCUGGGCAGAUAUCGAAAUGCUUGCUAAAGAUGACACCCUAGGCGGUCUGAGUGUGGUGCAGCCAUACAAGGUCAAACUGAUUCCUCACAUGCAUGCGCUCAGUGGACACGCGAAAGCUAUUGGAGCCCUCAACACACUGAUUCCCCUCCGGCAACAAGCUUCCGAUCUUACCCCUUCGUUAGACGUACAAGCCCAGCUUAGGAAUCGCGCAGGAAAAAUCACCGGCUGGUUUGGUGAGAACACUGAUUUCAUAGGCAUAAUGAACUGCGUUAGCAGAAGUCUAUCUCCACGCAAUGUAAUCCAGCCGAAGACCACCAGCCUGGUGAUUGGUGCUGGAGGCAUGGCAAGAGCUGCAGUCUAUGCAAUGGUGCAGAUAGGCUGCAAGCACAUAUUUGUUUACAACAGGACUAUCUCAAACACCAGAUCUCUAGCUCGCCACUUCAAUGACUGGGCUCGGGCUCAGACAAGUGGAGUAGCAUUAACGAGUCCCCACGAACCGGUGAAAGUUAUCGAACAUACCACCGAUCCUUGGCCUGCAGACUUCGCGCCUCCGACUAUUGUGGUGUCUUGUGUUACACAUGAGCUCCUCGAUGGGAAUCUAGGCGCUGACUUCGAGAUGCCAGAGCAAUGGAUGCAAUCACUAAGCGGUGGCGUUGUUGUUGAAAUGGCAUAUAUGACAAAGGAGACGCCACUGAUCAAGCAGAUUAAGCGAUUCCGAGAGUUAACGCAGAGACCAUGGGUUUUGGUCAAUGGCAUCGAAGCCCUGAUUGAGCAAGCUGUCGGCCAAUUCGAAUCAAUGACUGGAAGGAAAGCGCCAAAGCGUUGCAUGGCAGACGCCGUCGACGCGACAAUCCGACAAAACACAUCGUAUCUGGUUGAUAGAGAGGAAUUCUUCGCAUGA